AUGGCUAGUACGAAUCUUGAAAAUAAUUUAAGGAUAGGACAUAUUAAUGUACGAUCACUGAUACCAAGUUUGAACGAAAUUAAGUCUUCGAUAGAUAAUUUGAAGUUGGACAUAUUAGGAGUAACUGAAUCAUGGUUAACUGAACAAGUUGUAGACUGUGAUAAUGUUAACCAGAAGACUGCAAUUCUCUCAGAUGUGAUAUUGACUCUUUUUGAUUCUCAUGCGCCAAUAUGUGAGAAAAAAGUUACCAGGCCACCUUCUCCGUGGUUUACUGAUGCGUUGCAUGCGAUGAAGAAUCACCGUAACUAUCUUUUCUCUAAAUACAAACGUAAUAAAAAUUUACGGGAUUGGGCAUCCUACAAAGAAAUGAGGAAUUUUUUUACGUCAGCUGUUCGACAAGAAAAGAGAGCUUAUAUUGAUUUUAUCAGUCGUACUAAAAAAUCCAAAGACAUGUGGAAGACACUAGACCAACUUAAUAUCUAUAACAGAUCUAAAAAAAAUAUAGAAAUUCCUAACCAUCUUAAAAACCCAAAUUUAAUUAAUCAAUAUUUUAUCGACUCGGUGCGACAAAUACCUAGCACUGUCGAUACGAAUACUAUUUCUAAAUAUCUUAAUUCCAAAUGUACAACCGCAGAAUUUGAAUUGAAACUCGUUAGUGAAGAUGGCGUUUUCUGGGCAAUAUCGGAGAUUGGGUCAAACGCCUCUGGUGCAGACGGAAUUAGCCUUGACAUGUUAAAAAGAGAACGGGAUACCUAUAUUGUACGAGUAAAAGCCAGGAUUACGCCCGAAAAUAGAGUUAAAAGCAAACCGUAUCAUUGCAGUUUUGAAUGCGACGAAAAGGAGGAAACAGUAAUCAAGCUACAAUGCAGUGGUUGUGCUGCACAAGAGGGUGGCUGUAAGCAUGGUGUAGCGCUAUUUAUGUGGCUGCACAGAAGAAGCGAAGAACCACCAUGCACUUCCGUGAAGUGCUACUGGACAAAUGCCAGAUUAUCUCUACUAUUGGCAGUAAUCUAA